AGCGGGAGGGGUAGAGGUGCGCGCGGUGCAGGGGGUGCGGGGCACGCGUCCCCAGACGGGAGCAGAGGACAAGGACAGGGAGGAACGCGCUCAGCUCGCGCUCCGAGCCGACGAGGGGGCUCGCGCCGGCCCCGGCGCGCGCGUGGGGAGCGGCCCGGGGGCGCCGUGGGAGCCGGCGGCAGCGAAGAUGCCGGCGCGGAGACGCGGCUGCCGGCUGGGGGUGUGAGCGAGAGGCUGAGCGCUGCCCGCUCGGAGCCUGCGUUCCGCGCCGCCCCCUCCCUGCGGGCCUCGGAGGAAGCCCCCGGCGCCGCGCGGAGGCGCCUCGGCAGCCGGGCUGCGGGGCCCCGGCCCAGCGAGAGGGAGAAGAUGCCCUUCCACCACGUGACCGCCGGCUUGCUGUACAAGGGGAAUUAUCUCAACCGGUCUCUCUCUGCUGGCAGUGACAGCGAGCAGCUGGCCAACAUCUCCGUGGAGGAGCUGGACGAAAUCCGAGAGGCCUUCCGGGUGCUGGACCGAGAUGGAAAUGGCUUCAUUUCCAAGCAGGAGCUGGGCAUGGCCAUGCGCUCUUUGGGGUACAUGCCGAGUGAGGUGGAGCUGGCCAUCAUCAUGCAACGUUUGGACAUGGACGGAGAUGGCCAGGUGGAUUUUGACGAGUUCAUGACAAUUCUUGGCCCCAAACUGGUGUCGUCAGAAGGUCGAGACGGUUUUCUUGGAAACACAAUAGACAGUAUAUUCUGGCAGUUUGACAUGCAGAGGAUAACCCUGGAGGAGCUGAAGCACAUCCUGUACCACGCCUUCCGGGACCACCUGACCAUGAAGGACAUUGAGAACAUCAUUAUCAACGAGGAGGAGAGUCUGAACGAGACCUCGGGGAACUGCCAGACGGAGUUUGAAGGAGUGCACUCCCAGAAGCAGAACAGACAGACCUGCGUGCGGAAGAGCCUCAUCUGCGCCUUCGCCAUGGCCUUCAUCAUCAGCGUCAUGCUGAUCGCGGCCAACCAGAUCCUGCGGAGCGGUAUGGAGUAGCCGCAGCCCCCCGCAGCCCCGCCGCGCCGCCAGCUAGUGCGCAUGUGCAUGCCCCGCGGGCAGUCUCCGCUCCUGCCCACCGCAGACCUGGACCUCACGGAUGGACUCGGACCACGGCUCAGCACGGGACCCAAGGCUGCAGCGCACCCGGGGUUGCCGAUCAACUUCAUCUCCUUGGCAGGGACAUACAAGGGCUGUCUUCAACGCUUUAAUGGUUUUCGUUUCCUAAUGCAAUAAAUAGCCAGGAGUUCCGAGUUUCCGCUUCGACCGCCAGUAGUAACUCCGAAGCAAAACUUUGUUUUCAUCUCGAAAUUCCGGUUGGCCAUCAGGUGGCCCGGUGGCGUAGGAGAGCGAGAGAGAGGCGUGAACACAGUCACCUCCACUCCCCUUUCGUCCAACCCACAGGUCAGCAGAGACCCUUCCCCGACCCAAGGUGGACCCUCGCGUGCAAAAGGCUGACUUUCGGGUCGUGCUAUUUUGGCUUCCUUCCACCACCCCGUGGAGACCACCACACACCUCCCCACCCCCGAGGCAUGAGGGGAAAGCCAUGACAUGGGGUGCGGCCCCCAGCGGUCUGCUGCUGCACCCCCACUGCUUCCGUUCUUACUGCCUUUUACUACAGGACUCCGGCGGGCAGAGUUGGGGCCCUCUCGGUUGGUUCCGUGGCACUUGGCUUUCUGUUCCUAGAGCCCACCCCGCACCAGCAUUCUGGAAUCUUCAGAGAGCCUUCUCCCAGCUUUGCACCUGUUGCUGCCGAGAGAGAGAGAGAGAGAGAGAGAGAGAGAGAGAGAGAGAAGCGUGAUUGUGAGCAUCGCUAUUGACAUCAAGUUCUGGGUCCCUCUCGUGUGACAUCAUUCCUCCCUGAUGGCUGGCUAGUAGCUUGUCCUCCCUCCUGGGCUCAUCCCCGCUUUUUUGGGGGGUGGGGGAGGGAAAAAGGGAAGACAGCCAGGCUCGAGCAAGAGGAGGGACCUUGACCGACAGGGCAGCUGCUCACUCUGCACCCCCAGCCGCCCCGAGCAAUGGACCUGCUCCAGGAUGUCGUGCCUGGCAGCCUCUUUAAGUUAAAAAUCCAUGUACAUACGUGCGUCUUACCUUUGCCUCAUCCUGGAGUUUGCGUUGUUAGUUGGUCUUCCCCAGCGGAAGAUCACACUACUGUGCUUCUCCGAAAAACCUUCCGGCGUUCAAAUUCUGCAUGGAUUCAGUGGGGAAAGACAGGGGGCGCUGGGGAGCUUAAUGAGCUUCGCUACCAUGACACCUGGCUGACUCCCGCCUGCACAUCCUUUGGCGAGGUGAGGGCACUGGCUCCGGCGGUCGGUUUCCAACACCCCCAUCAGCUCUGUCGUUUGCCAACUUUGCCCAGGUGCCCUGUCAGUCACCACUGUUUAAUUCGCACUCGCAUCAGCAGAUUAGCCAGUAAUCUCCGGAUGUGUUAUUUCCCUUUAUACUCAGGUCUUGAUUUUGGUAGUAGAAUUGUCUUGCUCCUAUCUUUUUCUGAUGGCUCCCUAAAGCAUCAUGCCCCCUCCUUUCUUCCAGUAUUGAGGAACCAGGACCUCUCCCCUCCCAAUGCUGUGGAGGCGGUUUGGGGGUACAGUGCGUGUGUGUGUGUUUGUGUGUGUACCUGAACCCCUCCUGGAGCCUACUCACCCCUCCACUUCCCCCCUCCCUGCUUCCUUAGACUUGGAGUGUCCGAGGGGCUUCAGUCUUCUACUUCAACCCAGCCAAUACGAGAGCUGCCCGCCCCAGCCUGGAGACAGCUCUAAAAACUUGCCCACCUUGGUGAGAAUGAAACUACUCAUGAUGAGCACAAGUCACACAGAGGUUUGAGCCAUAGCAAGGGAAGAGUGACACAGGGGCUGAGAAUCUCCCUGUAGACUCACCUGGAACCUGGCACAUCCAGCCCCCCACCCCCACCCCAACACCUGCCUCUCCUGCCACAUGAACUCACACCUGCCCCUGUCUGUCUCUCCCUUCGGCUGACUUACCCAGGUCCCCUCGGGAUGAGAUUUCUAACCCAGAAGAGAUCCAGUGCACAAUGCUAAUCCAUUGGAUGAUUUUGCCCAGCUCAAUUCGCCCUCUUCCUGCUGUAUGUGGUUGGGAGUGAGUGCAUAGCCAGCCUGGCAGGGAAGUGCUUCUCCGCGCUUUGCUGACCUCUGAACCCCUAAGCCACACCCUCCUGGGAGUGGGGGUGGCUGGGGGUGCAGGAUGUUACAUAGACAGAAUAGCAACUCAGGACCCAUUCCCCUGGAUGAGACUGCAAGGCUGCACUGAGCUGGCCGUCCGGACAGAAGUGAGCACUUCUUCAAAGGCUGCCCUCCUCCAAGUUCUUGUACCUCCCACUGGCGCCUGUUGACCCGAAAGGAGGCAGAGGUCAGAGUUCAUGGACACAGAAAUUAGCCAUUGUACCAGGGUGGGGAUUAAAGGGAGUUCUGUAGAGGCACCAGUUCUGUAGCCUGUCCCCUACAAAGUCCUCAGUAUCUUUUCCCAAAAGGGACCACUUUCUCCUCUCCCAGGUCCUGGAAGCAAUGGCGACCCUCCCCAAGAAGAGUGCACCGCUCUGGGUGUGCUAGGGAAGGAAGCCACAGAAUUCUUGCUGAGAGUCUGGAAGCUCAUCUCCCAUGCAGUAAGCUUGCACAAGACACUCAGGGGCCGAGAGACACAGCUUGCGGAGGCAGCCCUGAGCUCAUGGCCUUCCUUGGUCUCUGGGGCUCAGAGCUGGUGCCCGUGACUUGCCCCUGGCUGCUUAGCUUAGACAGUGCAUCUCAGAUCUAUGUAAGAUGACAGGCAACCCUACUCCCAUGACUUCUGCAGGAACUGAGCCGUAGGAGCCCAACCCUGCCUGAGUCUGUCCAGGAAUCCAUGCAGGAGAAUUGCAGAACGGCCCUGCCCUGGAGAACACCUGUUAGUAAGGAUCUCAAAUCAGAACCCACAGUGACCCCCACAAUGCUAAGAGUCCAUGAUCUCCAGGACUUCCUGGAACCCUUCUCUCCCUCGACACCUGAUUGCUCAGCUCUCCAAGAAGGGCUGCCAGCUGUGGCAUGGCCGGGCCAUGGGCAAGCCCAGCCUGACUCAUUCUUACUGCAGGAGUAGAUGCCCUCCGGGGUUGGGGGGCACAUUUUUACUUGGGAGAGAAAAGGCAACAGAGCCUGGCCCCCUUAACUCCCCAGAGAAACUGUCUCUCACCAUCCCAGAUGCAGACAGAGCCCCCCCAUCGGGGACAUUGAGCAGUGGCUCCCAGAACGUGCGUGGGUCCCAUGUGACCAAUCUGUUAAAAAAAAAAAAAGUAUUGCCAUGGCAACCUUUGCAUUCCACCCGGAGUUUGCCAAGGCACACAAAAAUAGGGAAGAUUUUCUUAAGGAACACUCUCAAAGAGCAUACCCGUUCUGAUUGCGCCCUGGCUCCGCCCAUCUGCACCCUGCUGGGGGCGGGAUCACCCUCCAAGAAUCCAGUGGUUUCUCUUCCUUUUUCUCUGUAUUUGAACUUGUGGCUCUGUUGACUCAGGAGAACAGGAGCCACCCGUGAGCUCGAUGGUGCCCUCCUCACCCACACCCUCUACCCGAUAUUCCACAACCCCAGGGCCCCUUCAUCUAGGCACAUAGGCAGAAAUACACUUGAAGGCCGAAAAAGAUUUUCAGGCUGCAAUCUUUAAAAGCAUCUGUUUGCCUGUUGAGAAGCUCACUCUGCCGAGCCAGAAACAUGAACUUAAAUGAACCUGAAUUGACGUGUGGUCUCAGGCAGGCCCCGGUGGUGUUUCUAGAAGUUUCUAGGUGUUUUAUCUGCAGAGAACAAGAUGUGUGCUAGAGUCUUGUUUUCUCUCCAUACUUGGCUCCCUUCUCAAAUUUCGCGUGACAGAUGGUCUGAUGGUGGUGUGGUUAUCCCAGAGAACCUAAUGAAAGAUGGACAGUAAUGACUGUCUCAGCCUCCCUCCCACUGAAUCAUAAAGCAAUCCAUCUCACGACUGGGAGGAGAAGGUCAUCUGUUAUUUCAAAUUCCUCCUACGAGGCUCAAGUCCAGACUCGGGCUAUAAAUCAAAGAGAAUUUUGCAUAUUGUUCUUAACCUGUAGCUAACGACCUGCCUGGGAAGGGACAAAGGCAUAGCUGGAAAAUUAAGUGUGUGACCACCAAGGGCUGGCCUGGCCAUGUGUGGCUCAAAACAUAGUGGGUUCAUUUACUGCACUGAUUAUCGCUCCAAAGACCCCCAUAAUUGUCUAAUUCACCCUGUUCCACUGAGAGGCAGGGAGGGUCUGGAAUCCCCCCUUCCAGAAGAGGCCCCUUUGUCCAUCAUGCUGUGAUGACACGGAGGAAUGGAGGACCAGGCACCUCAGGUCACAGCUUUGUUGGUGGUCUCUUCAGGGCUCCCGAACCUAAAGACCCUGUCUUAGCCAUCCUCCCUCACUACCUGAUCGCUCAGUUCCCCUAGAAAGAAAAAAAAAACUGUCAGAAACAGAAAAGAAGCCAUCUUCAGCAGCUAAGCUGUUCAAGUUAAUUAUUUAUAGUGAUGGGAGAAUAGAGGAGGGUUCAGGCUGCCUCUUAUGGACCCUGUCUCCAUAAUUUAAGUGUCAGAACUGUUUAGCUUCACAUCACACUUGCUUUGACUAAGUCACUCAGGGGACCGUCCUCAGUUCUGUGGCCCUGCAAUAGAUGGCUGGUUUGGAAGAAUAAGGUCAAGUGCACCAACCAGCUAAGCCUCCCUCCUGGUAGCCUGUGCCCACUGCUAAUGCACAUGGCCAUGUUAUCAGCUGUGUUUCUAUUUCACAUUGAUUUGAGAUGCUCUUUAUUUGGUCUCCAGGGACCUAAUAUUAAUGCUCAAAAAGUCUUCAAGGCAACAUUAAUUUGCUUCAAUUGGCUUGAAGGAUACCAUAAGAAACCAUUUUUUUUUCUAAUCUCAAAGAGACAAGUCCUCAAAAUCUGGACAGAAUUAGCCCAGCCCCCUGGUCCUACUCCAACCAUGGGUGAUUUAUCCAUUGAGCAUCCUCCAUGCACAGGGCCUGACUUCCUCUACCUCUUCCCCUCGGGGUGGUGAGUUGACUUUUGAGCCAGUGUUUCCCACACUGUUGGAAGUUAUCGUCCAAGUUUAAAGGAAGCAGACGCUGGAGGAUCCCUGAAGGAUGCUGACACCUGCCAAGCACAGAGUGCCUCUCUUGGUGCCUCAGACCUGUGGAUCCAAGAGGCCAAGGGAGCAGAGCAAGGACUUGGAAGCUUGGGCAUCCUAUCUGUGGGAAGGGCAGGGGCCAGGAUCCUUCCGUCCACUUUGCUUUGAGUGGCUUCUCUCUCUGGUUCAUCAGUUUAGUCAGAGGAAAGGAACAGCAAAGCUCCUCCCUUGUAGCAUUCUGUUUGUGUUUGAUACACAAGCCAGAGUGGACAGCCACUGUUGGAGGGUCACCGUGUCGCCUCCCCACAUUGCAUUCCUGACCCAACGGCUGCUUUUUUUUUUAGCACAAGUCCC